AUGUCGACGACAUCUCAACGAGGUACUGAGCCGCCUCAGAUACGAGCAACGACCUCAAACGCCGGCGAAGACGAAUCCCUGAUCGAGCUCCAUUACAUCUGUGACAUCAACGAGUCCAAAGUGUCCGACGUUGCAGAUAUCGCGACAAAGGUGCCCAUACGCAAUGAUAUCCCGAGCUGGAACUGUCGGGAUUUCGUCUUUGACGUGGUACAUGCCCUACGGGGACUGGUUGAGAUGGACGAUGGAUAUAAAGAGCGUCUAGAGACGUUGAGGUUAAAGCAGGAUGGGCUCAUACGACCAGAGUAG